CCCAAACAAACAAAGCUCAGCUGGCGAUUUUUUUCCUCACAGAAGCGACACUCAGCUUCGUGUCCGCCCCAGCUGCAAUAACCUGAACCUGUUUUCAGAGGACUGGAUUCCUGAUAACCAGAAACCAUGACCAGUUGGCUCCCGUGUGUUCCGGUAACACGCUCAGCUGACUGAAGGCUUGUUUAUAAUUUCACUCAUUGCGCAACAAUAAUAACGUUACCGAGCUAACCGCCAGCGCUACCAGUGCUAACACUACCCGGCUCUGCGAGGCUGGGAGCAGAGAUGAAGAGCGAGCCGACGGCUGCUGUGUCCACUUUAAAGCGGAUUUGAUAGACGGGGCUCAGCCUUUCGUUUUGGUUCCUGCUGGGAGGAGAUCUGAUGCUACGAGAGAUUUGUUGAGUCAAGCUAGCUACCCGCUGCCUUAUAAAUCAACUUCCCUCUGCUCUCCCUUGUUUGCUGUGCCGUGGUCUCUCCUCUGGCUUUUCCAGACGCCAUCGUUAUGACCGCAAUGCGUGUGGACGUCAAAGUGGUGAUGCUAGGAAAAGAGAGCGUGGGAAAGACUAGUCUGGUGGAGAGAUAUGUUCACCAUCGCUUCUUGGUGGGCCCGUACCAGAAUGACACAGCUGGAUCAGAGCGUUACGAAGCCAUGAGCAGAAUCUACUACAGAGGAGCUCGAGCUGCCAUUGUCUGCUAUGAUCUGACUGACAGCAGCAGCUUCCAGCGAGCUCGCUUCUGGGUCAAAGAGUUGCAAAACUAUGAGGAGCACUGUAAGAUCUACCUGUGUGGCACCAAGAGCGACCUGAUCCAGGAAGACCGGAGUCUUCGCAAAAUCGACUACCACGACGCUCAGGACUUUGCUGAAGAGAUUGGUGCACAGCACUUUGAGACCUCCAGUAAAACAGGGAAUAACGUAGAUGAGUUAUUCCAGAAAGUUGCCGAGGAUUACAACAGCACUGCUUUCCAGUAUAUGACAGCAGAGGAAACGGGCGUCGACUUAGGCCAGAAGAAGGACUCGUAUUUCUACUCCUGUUGUCACAACAACUGAUGCUGGGGAGCAGGACAGGAAGUGUUUGCAUUCCCUCAGCUGGAGUCAAACCUGGAAAUGCUGGAAAGCUGUAACUCAUCUAUGAAUGUGGUACCAAAUCACAAAAAGGAAAAUCAAACAAAACUCUUUAUACUUUGUUGGAUAUGUUUCUUUUUUUCUUUUGUGCCAUAAUGAACUGAGAGCUGCAAGACUUUGGGGAAGAGGAUCCUCAACUGCUGGGUGGUGAGGGAUUUAAAGACCACCACACCCACUUUUUUCACCAAGUUAUUCAUAUUUAUCACCAUAUCAACUUGUGACUUUCCUGCAGCCCACAGGGCGAUAAGCCUCCCCAAGUUCACAGUGUUAAACAAUCAGAAGCAACGCUGUGGUUGGACAACAGCCUGCAGUGGUAAGGGUGUGGGAUCCUCACUGAAGCCAGACUGAAAGAGAUAACUCGAUUGAUGCUGUGUGUUUUAGCGGUUGCUGUGUUUUGGGAGGGGGAGUGGUUUGUUUACAAAUGCUGAUUUUGUUUACCUCCAACUGUAUUUAACAUUGUUGUGGAAACACAUCUGUCAGUCCUGCUCAUGUUCAGUGGAGGCUACGCAGAUGGAGAAGCCAGCUAGGAUGAAGUGUGUCAGAAAACUACUUGUGUUCCUGCUCUUAAUUAAAGCUGGGGUAGGCAACAUGACCCAUAAUAACCUUUCAGGAGGGCACUAGACUCAUGCACCUCCUCUACGCUCUGAUAUUAGGCUUUAAAAGAAAUCAAUCAGUUAAGUUUAAAAAAAAAAAAAGCCUGAGUAAGAAUUCAUAUGUGGUAGCUUAUUGGGUUUUGCAGAAGGAUUUUUACCCAGAAGAGUAGGGUUUGAAUCCUGUGUGGAGACCAAACUAAGCCCAUGCUUCAGGAUGAAGGUUGUAGAUUCUGGCACGAUCUUGGUUUGUCUUUUCUAGUUUUCUACCCGCUGCAUUUUUAAGUGAAAUACUUGAAAAACUGGCAAAACACACAACAUUUUUCUUUAUAUAGAGGCCUUUACAGUAACAGUACAUCUUUUGCCAUGUGUUAGCCACGAAAGCGCUGUACGCUGCCACUACUCAGACUUGUUCUGCAUUUGUCCUAGUUGCCACUCAAGGUAGUGCACCAACACCCACAAACCCCCCAAAAACUGUGGCCCAAAAAACAUAAUUCCCAAAGACAAAAUAAUUUAAAUAAUAAUGCCUGAAUUGGGUGUAAAUUCCCCCCCCCCCCAAAAAAAAUCCAGUAUGAAGUCCAAUAAACAAGAACACUAAAUGCUGCUAAAACAGAUCUGUUUUGCAUCAUAAACUACGAUUUCUGUAAAAACGUCCAAAAAAUAAGCUGGUUUUAAGGAGGUGACUAACAACACGCCCACAUAUCUGUAAUUAAAUUGCAUGGCCUGAGCUGCCUAAAAGAACAUUUUUAGGGAAUGUUACUUUUCUACAAAUAAUCUACUGUUUUUCUAAGUUUGAAUGCAUCUCUCAAAGAAAGAAAUAUGUCUGACAGAUUUCUAGCAGGAAAAUCUUGGAAUGUUCAAAUGAUUUCAGGAAGAAGCUCUUCUGCAGAAGGACGAUCAGCGAAAAGCCUCGUGGGCUAACAUUGUAAUGUCCCACAAACAUUUAAAGCUAUAUUUAAGAUUCGAGUCACUAAUUUAUUGCCUUUUAAGUUGUACUGCGCAAUGGACUUGUAGGUUGCUGCUUUGAUGUGUCGAUGUUCAAUAUUGAUGCAAAUAUUUUUUAAAAAACAACUGAUGUCCACAUCUCUUCUGAAAAAUAAAAGGCUCAUUCCAAGAAUGUUUCAGAACGCAGAUAGAUUGUAAGUUUUAAGUUUGAAUUGAUCCACAGUAUUUUGCUUGUGUGUAAUAUUUGGCAAAGACUGACAAAAAUACUGUAUAUGCACAAUUUUAGCAUUGGAUUGCAUAUCAGCAUAAAUCUUUGCACGUUUGCCUACAGAAGUGAAUUCGAGGAAUACUUAAAAACCUUUUUUGAUUCAGGUUGGUAUGUUUGGCUUUUUAUCCCCCACUUACAGCCCACUUUAGUUGAUCGGACCAGUGAAACUCUCCUUUUUCUUGAUAUAAAUAAGUUUUAACUACACACUUAAUCCAGGACAUAUUUUAGUAUUAGAAAAAUAAGUGCAAUUUCAAAAGCAUAAAAAAUGCCGCAAUGAAGGAAAUCUGUCACCAUGACUCUUUGGGCAUAAAGUGUAAGAAAUAAAUGGAAAA